AUGCCUGUGGUGGAGAGCAAUUACCUUGAGAGAAGACCAUUGCUUGGGCAGUUGCUUGGGUUUAUCGUCGUUGAAGAAAGGAAAUGGCGAUUGGGGAGAGGGAGAGAGGACGAAGAAGGUGAUCGGGCGACUCGGCAAGACUCAAGAGUGAAGACUCGAGAACGACAAUUUGUGAUGGGCCUACUCGGCUAA